AUUGGGUGCCUUGACUCCACCUGCCACUGUGCUACAGAAGGAGGAAAGCAGAGUGGUGGUUGUUUUGUGUUGGGUUAACAGACACUAGAUUUGGGGCUUCUCAAGCUUACACCUGAUAUUAUUUCUGCUUAAAGCGAUGAGCUUUAUAUUUUGUGUGUUGCUGCCAUGGGUACUUCUUGUUGGGGAGCUUCAAGCAAGUAUGAAACCUUCCCAUCUUGGCUUUGGAAAUGUUGAUGCCAGUAAGCAGGUCUCAGGUGACCAGCUUCAUCAGUUGCCACACUGGUUCAACCCUUUGCACCAGGACCAGGCCCAGCCUCAGCCUCGGAGCUCUCUUGCUCCUAGCUCUCAGCCCAAGGUCCAACCCCAGUCUCGCAGCUACCUCCCCCGGCCACUGCUGCAAGCUUAUGGUUCUCAGCCACAAGUCCAGCCCCUGUCACAGCCCCUGGUGCAUGCUCGCAGCUAUCAAGCUCAGCCACAGGCUCAUAGUUACUGGGCUGAGGCCCACCCCCAGCUGCAGCCUCGCAGUCAAGGCCAUCCUGGGAUCCAGGGUGCCCCCCAGGCCCAUCCCCAGGUCCGUCCCCACACCCAGCCUCGGAGCUUUCUGAUUCGUCCCCAAACCCAACCACAGCCUCGUAGGAUUCAGGGCCACCCCAAGACCCAGAUGCAGUCCCAGCCUCAGCCUCGUACUUUUCAGGGCCAACCCCAGGCACAGACCGAGCUGCAGCCUCGCAGCUUUCAGGGUCCUCCUCAGGUCCGUCCCCAGACCCAGCCUCGUAGCCAUCAAGGCCAUCCCAAGACCCAGCUGCAGAGCCAGACCCAGCCACAGCCCAGGAGCUUUCAGGGCCAUCACCAAUUCCAGCCUGAGGGUCAUCCCCAGAAUCAGUUGCAGCCUCGCAGCUUUCAUGGCUAUUCCCACCAGCCGCAGCCUCGCAUCUAUCGUGGCUAUCCCCAGGCUCAGCUGAAGUCCCAGCUGCAGUCACAGCCUCAGUCUCGCAGCUUUCAGGGCAAUGCCCAUCCCAAUCCCCAGGUCCAGAUCCAGCCUCAUAGCCAUCAAGGCCAUCCCAAGACCCAGCUGCAGAGCCAGACCCAGCCACAGCUUCGCAGCCAUCAGGGCCAUGCCCAGGUACCGACCCAGCCACAGCCUCGCAGCUUUCAGGGCCAUGCCCAGGUCCGUCCCCAGACCCAGCCUCGUAGCCAUCAAGGCCAUCCCGAGACCCAGCUGCAAAGCCAGACCCAGCCACAGCCCCGCAGCUUUCAGGGCCAGGGCCAUGGCCAUCCCAAGGCCCAGACCCAGCUGCAGUCUCACAGUUCUCAGCCUGAAAGCAAUCAGGCUGAUUCACUGGCACAACCUCGUAGUUCUCUGGCCCAGCCCCAAGACCAGCUGCAUGCUAGCACUUCUCAGUCCCGGGCCCACCUAAAGCCUCGCAGUCAUCAUGCUCAGUCCAAGACACAGCCUCAUAGUUAUUCAGCAUAUCCACGGGCCCAUUCUUACUAUCAGGCUCAAAUCCCAAUACAGGUACGCAGCUAUCCAAUGCAUCCUCAGAUGAUGCGUUACCAGCGCAGACCUCAUCUUCAGCCUUGGGUCAGGGCAACUGCCACAAACCACCAGAUUCUGCAAGGGGCUUAAACGAAGAGGGCCAACAUCAGAAGAUGGAUCAUUAACUGCAUGGAUACAAUUAAACUGAUCUUUAGGGGAAAUGUAAAUAAAUCUGUCUAGACGAG